AUGCUGCGCGGGACUGUCCGUGCGGUGCGAGACACCACGCGCUCCGUCAGGCCCCUCCCUUCCCAAAGCGAGGGCGGGCCGGGGGGCAAGUUCUACCCAUGGACAGUGCCGCUCAAACCACAUGGGGAGCUGGGCUGCGGGUCCCCCUCGUCCUGGGCCUGUACCCCCAUCCACAGCCUGGCUCCAGCCAGCCAGAGCCCUUUUAAGGCAGAGCAGGGACCCCCCAGUGGCUGCUUCCCCUUGCAGUCAGGCCCCUCCCUUCCCAAAGCGAGGGCGGGCCGGGGGGCAAGUUCUACGGCGGGUUCACACGCUUCCUUGUGCCAGUUCAUCCUGAAGCACGACAAGUACCAGCACCUGCGGGAGGUGGAGCGUUUCCCCAACAGCCUCAACCCUCACGCCCCAGACACCCUGCCCCUGCUGAAGAGCCUCCUGUCGCAGGUGAUAGACAAGCACCGACACGCCAGCUGGAUCCACAUCGGAGCUGACGAGAGGCAGGUCAGAGACGUGCGCCUUCGCUCCUGGGAAGAGCUAGUUGCAUCGUCUCGCCCCAGCCCCGAGGACCUGACACGCUUUGCUCCUGCGGUGGAGAGCCCCAUUCGGGUGUGAUCCUCCCCGCCCUCCCAGGAGACAGCACU